UCUGCUCCGUCGAAGCGCGCACGUGGCUUGGCGUUGCAGCCAUUCGGUCUGUGAUGGUCUGUGGAAAAGAGAUUUCUUUGCUGUAUAGUUCAAGGAAGUCUGGGACUGGUCCUGUAUACGUCAUAUGUUCACUCCCCCCUUACGACCUGAGUAUGGGUCAACAGUAUAGACAAAAGUCAUUUGUCAACCACCACCACGCCAGAGCCGUUGAACCAUGGAAGCGAGACAAAGAAGAAGAGGAAGACAGCUCGCUCCGCCUCUCAGACGAAGCCAGCAAUCAUGGACGAGGAGCUCUCGGAACUUGAAAGCGGUGCGGUGAUGAGAGACCAUAUCUUGGAUAUGAUGAACGUUUGCUAUCUCGACCUGCUGGACCAGUCGUCGCUUAAGGGCGAACAGCAGCAGGUGACCAUGGACAUGGGCGCUGAUUGGUUGCCUGACACCACCACGCUGCUGCCGACGGCAUCGGAAGGCAGCCUACCUCUGCGGCGAAGCCUCCGUCUCACUGCGACUCCCGGUGACAAUCGGCGACUGACCGAUCAACAAGGUGACAGCGCGGCCACGGAGAGCAAGUCCGGCGAGUUAAAGGCCACCGACGGAUGGCGAUCCUUCCUGAGCAAGGCGAACCGGCCUUUGGUCCUCGUCUCCGUCGUGCUGGCUGUAGCCAUCGCGAUCGCGUUCGCGUACGCGAUCAUUACGGCCAGCCGCCUUGCUCCCGAUCGCGCGAAGCUGGGCCUGGCGCGGUCAUUCAACGACACGGAUGCCGCUUUGGGAUAAAUAAUGCACACAAAUGCGCAUAAAA